AUGGAAUUGAGAUAUAGGCUAAUACUAAUGACAGUAUUUCUCGCACUACUUUAUUUCCUUUGUAGUUUGAUAGUGCUAUUAGGAUUAUAUUUUAAAGGUACAAACAUUUCCUAGAGCGAAAUACUUUCUUCCUUGCUUUAUACUGAAACUUCAUUAAACUCAAUCCGAUUCACGAGAUACUAUUAUGGCCGAUCUAUUAGGCCAGAUAUCAAUUCCCUCUAUGGCAUAUCUAAUCUUGUCAAUUCCAUCAAUAAUUUUUAAUAAUUGAAUGAAAAAGAACUCGAUCAAGUAUUUUGGCACUUUUAACCAGCUACAAGUCUACAACAAUUGAAAGAUUAAUACUCAAACUAAUUUUCAACCUUAUAAUUAUAUUCAUCACUUACUAGAGUUAUAAAAAUCUAUAUUGAGAAUGCAAUAUUUGAAGAAAUCCAUUUGCUCUGCCAAAAUGGCUUGGGAAUCACCUUUCUCAGUAAAAAUGAAUCAAUAGCAAACGAAUGGUAUAAUAAAUCAAUUAAAAAUUGCUAAACACCAGACAAUUGCGAAUCUUUUUUAUCCCAAUUUUCUUCUUAAAUUGUUUUUCCUAAAAUAGAAAAUAAUAGCGAAAUCUGGAGUUUGAAUGUUGGCAAUCAAGCUCAUUAUUGUAAUUUUUAAAUUCAAACAAAAUUAAGUAUUCCCUUAAUAGUAAACUCCAAUUCACCAAUUAUCUAUUCUUUUCUAACAAACGGUUAACUAAAUGAGAUAUCAAAUGGUAAACUCAUAAAUGGAAGUUUGGAAAGUGCCUUAUCCCUAUGGCCUAAUUAAACUGAAGAUUUUUAAAGCCAACUAUAUUCAUUAAUAAGUGUCCCAAUCCAAUAGAGAGAAUGGAAUAUGAUCUACGAUGGGAUGGGUGAAUAGCGAAUAGUAUUUUUCCAAUCCUAUUACUUUACACACCCAAAUUAUCCCUCAAUAGAUUUAACCCAACAAUUAUUGAAAAACUGUUCAGUUGUUUUUCUAUAUUCGAUGUCACUGGUAGAUUAUUAAAAACUAGCUGGAGAAAAUAAUCUUGCUUAAUCUACACUGAUCAAUGAGAUAGUCAUAGGUUGUGCCAUUCAUAUUGCCUUGUUACUUUACUUUUGGAGAAAAGGAGUUAUAUUAGCUUUAUCCCUCGAAAUGCCAAUAAACCAAUUAAUCAAAUUAACUGACGUGGAUAUGAAGUAUCUAGAGAUUCAGGAUUUCAAUUUACAAAGCUAUUCUAAUUUAUUCUACAACCAGGAGAUUAGGCAAUCAUACGAAGUCAUAAUUAAUCUACUUAAUAGCAUCAAGUAUUCAAACAACAAACUCUUAUAAGAAUCAUAAGAAAUUAAUGAAGCUGAGGCACUUAUCAUUCUAAGCAUGUCUAAGAGUUUCUACAAGAAAUAUAACAACAAUCCUGCUGUUGGCAUCUGUGCUAACAAUAUCGCAAGAAUACAUAUGAAAAACCAAAGAUAUCUUGAGGCUAUGAACGAGUAAGAAGAAUCUGUCUUAAUUGCAAACCAAGAUUUAUAAAGUCUCAUUGAAAUGCAGAAGUAUGCGAAUUAAGCAGCCCAAACUCAUGAUGACCAACAACUUAUGAAAUUAUAUCUUCGAUUGAAAAACAACGUUCUAUAGAAGUUUUAGAGACAAGAUGAUUAGGUGAUGAGAAGUGUCAUAAAGGAUAUUGAAAAAAAAACUAAGGUAAUACAAAAUGCACAAACUAAUUUAUCUAGAGGACAAACUAUUCAAAAAUCUAGAAAUUAUAUAGAAACCUCACAGAUGAAAAGCUAGCCAGAAUUUGAAAAUCGAGGUCUGAGAUAAACAAUAAAUUAAGUCAAGAAUAUCACAUAAGAAGACCAAUAGAUUAAAUAAUAAAACUCUGAACUCUUAGAACCUAUAGAUAGUCCAAGGAGAUCCUCUCCAAGAAGGUCUUCUCCAAUAUCAAAAGCUUAUUUGGAUGAGGAAUUCCUACAAAAGAAAUAAAUCUUAGAAUAUAAGAUUGCUUUUCGAAAGUACCAAUUAGCUUGCAUUCUAUUUAAUUAUAGUAUGUCUAAAACAUAAUCAACAUUUUUGAAUGAAAGUGUUAAAUAAUUCAAUGAUGUGAUGGAUGACAUUUAAAAUCUCCCUGAUUCCUUCUCAAUUCAAUAUAUGAAAAUCAAUAUUUACAUAAAAAAAGCUUUCUGUUUUGUUAAGGCAAAGAUUAUGGAAAAGGCGUAUUAAGAAUUAAAGGAGGCUCAAAAUAAGUUCGCUAUCCUCAAAUCAAUUAAAGAUGACAUUAAGCAAUUGGAUUCUAAAGAGUUUGUGGAUAUCUUUAGAAAUAUACCUCUUGAAAUACUCCAAGAGAAGAUCUAUGGGUUAGAAGCUUUAAUCUUGAUGAUCAAUGAGGAUUACUUUUAGGCAUCAUAAAAAUUUGUGUCUAUUUUAAAAGCUGAUGGGUUUUAUGAUCCAGGACUAUAAAAAUUGGUUUUAAAAUCCUUAAUCAAGAUUUUUAAGAAAUGUUAAAUCGAUAUUGACUGUUUAAUAAAGUUUUCUUAAUAGAAUUAGCCAAAAAAGCUUGAAUUUAUCUUUUUGAUAGAUUAUUCAUCAGAAAUGACCAAUGAGUAAAUUACGUUGUCCCAUUCAAUGUGCAAAUAUGUUAUUCAAAAAUUGGACGAAGAUGCUGAGGUUGCAUUAUAUGCUUUUAAUGAAUCGCUACAUGAGAUAUUCUCAUUACAGGUUAAAGGAACUUAUAAGAAAUUGCUUGAAUCAAUAAUUGAUAAGACCUUAAUUAAACCUGGAGGACAGGCGAAUAUAUUUUUGGUGUUAGAAAUAGUGAUAGCAAUUCUAUUUGAAAAAGAUAAACUUGAAUAGAGAAAGCAAUUAGCGUUACAUCUAAAAUCAAAUAAGAUUAAAUAGCAGAUAGAGCAGGAAGAGUUUAAAUUUUCGGAUGUCGAAUUCAGGGGGUUUUCCAAUUCUUCGAAAAAUGGCAAAACCUUUUCAUAGGGGUUUAGUUAAAUAAUUAAGGAUGGUGAUGAAUUAUCGGAAAAUAAUAGUCUGCACGAAAACAUGAAUUAGUAUAAAAUCGACAUUGAUAUGAUUAAUGAGGAAAAAGAUGAUUAGGUGCUUAGAUAUGUUUGUGUGUUUAGUGAAGGAGUGAGAAAUUACAAUUAGAUGUCCAUCAAUCGGCUUCAAAGUUUAAUUAAGAAAAAGAAUAUACAUCUAUUAAUCUUUAACAUCGCCAAUCAAAAUAUGAAUAUGUUGUAUUUAAAAUAAUUAGCUAAUGUCUCUGAAGAGAGCAAGUUCUUUACUAAUGAAAGGGAUAUUGAGACUUUCUUUUAAUAGUUGAAGAGAAACGAUUUCAAUAAAAGAGUGUAUUUAGAAUUUUUUUGA